AUGAAACUCCUCAUAGUCGGCGGAACAGGCUUCGUCGCAACAGAAAUAAUCCGCCAGAGCCUGGCCAGCCCGGAAAUAACCUCAGUAGUAACACUGGCACGCCGACCUGUCGAGGUGCCUCAGAAUCUAGGGGGCCACGUAGGCCCAUCGAAGCUGAAGAGCGUGUUGCUCCAAGACUUCACGAAGUACUCGGAAGAUGUGAAAGCCCAGCUGGAAAAUGUGGACGCUUGUAUCUGGACCCUCGCGAUCACGCCCACCAAGGCGAAGUCCAUGCCGUGGGACGAGGUUGUCAAGGUGUGUCGUGAGUACACGAUGACGGGGCUCCAGGCCAUUGUUGAGGCGCGGCGCCGUGGCUCGGCCAGAUCAACACCCCUCCGAUUCUUGUAUAUGAGUGGGGAGUCGGCCGAGCGGGAUCAAACGAAAACUCCCAGGCUCAUGACCCAGUAUUUGUUGAUGCGGGGAGAAACGGAAAAUCAAAUCCUCGCAUUUGCGGCCUCUCAUCCUGAUCAGGUAGAAGUCACGGUCGCUAAGCCUGGACUCAUUCUGGAGCCGGGUAAUGUUCUCCAUUGGCUGAAGUCUUGGCUUUUGUGGGCUGUGGUUUCGCUGCCGAGUAUCACUGUGGUUGAGAUUGCGGCGGCGAUGCUGGACCAGGUGAUGAAUGGGUUCGAGAAGGAUCCGUUACUGAAUGAGGAUCUUGUCAGGAUCGGGCAGAAGGCGUUGAACGGGACCGAACCAUCAAGUUGA